AUGCUCUACGGUGGCACCCUGCUCGGCUCAUUUCGACACCACGACAUUAUCGCCUGGAAUGAUGACAUUGAUGGCCUCGUGGACGUGGAGGUUAGAACAGUACUAAGGGGAAAGUUUCACAGCAUGGAACCCGACAUCUUGUUUUAUGAGGAACAAAAUAAGGACAGGCUUUAUGCAAAGUUGAUUGAACCGAGUGAUUCAUCUGAGGACGUG